GCGUAACUUCAUUUCCGAUCUCGGACUAGCAUGUGAAGAUGGUCAAACUAUGAAUGGGAGUCUUAAAGGUGUGAUUCCAUAUGUUGCGCCAGAAGUUCUUGCCUGCAAACCUCACACGAAACCUACAGAUAUUUACAGUUUUGGUAUUGCCAUGUGGGAGUGCACAUCCUGCCAACCACCAUUUCAUAAUAUGGAUUUUGGUCCAGAUUUAGUUUACGAUGUUUACUGUGGUUUAAGACCACCAAUAAUUAAAGGGACUCCGGAAAGCUAUGUUCAGUUAAUGAUGCAAUGUUGGGAUCCUGAUCCUGAAAAACGUCCCACAGCUCACAUUUUAGCCGAGACUUUGGAAAAUGGAUCUUAA